AUGCCUCGUCGAAACUUGAACCGAGGGGAGGAUGCAAUCGCGUCGAUGGCAUUCUUGGUACCUUGGAUGUUGUGUACUGGCUUCGCCAAUGCCAUGGUCCUUGUACUCGUCAACGUUUGUCAGAUAAUGAACAUCUUGCCAUCUGUUGAAAUUCCUCACGCCACCAGUGCCACCGGCGAGCUCAUCCAGGCCACGAACGAGCCUGUCCCUCAGUACUACGGCACGGCUGUUAUUUUCUCCAUUGUCAUCAUCUGCCGUUGCAUGAUCAUGGGACCUCCCAAGUUCUUCAUCAGCCUCACCAUGCGAGACCUCCGCGUCCGCCGCCGUUUUGGGGAGGACCACUUCGCCAUCGAACUCGCCUCGACCGCCUGCAUGGUCAUUAUGAACUUGCAGAUCAUCAUCGGCCAGAUGUGGCUGCAGCGCGCGCUCUACACGCAGCAGCUGCUGGAGCUGGCGAAUUCGCCCCCUGAAGUAGCCCCAGUCAUCCGUCUCUUCUGGUUGGUGGGCUGUUAUUUCUUGUGUUGGACGAUUCUGUCAAACUAUUUGUUGUACCUCGCCUGCUAUUUCGAGUUCAGCCGGACUGUCAUCCGACGAUAUCCUAGUACCCCGGUCCGCACGACUCUAUGCGUUAUGCUACUUGUCUUGCUUAUUGGCUUUCAUUUCUGGUAG